UACGUCACAGCCGGUCACGUGGUUAAACACGGAAGCGAGUCGACCGUCGAGUCGCAGUUUUUUUCUUGUUCUUUGUUUUGGGCCGUUGUCGUCGUCGUCGUCGUCAUCGUCACGAUGGUGCUGGCGUUCGUCAUCCACACCGUGUGCCCGAUCACCGCGCUCGCCUCCGGGGAGAGCAGGGUGCUCUACUCCCGCGUCUUUGGAGCGGACGAGGCGCUCUUCCGGGGCGACCGGCGGCUGCGGCGGCAGCUCAACGCCGAGGAGAGACGACUGUUGUCGGCCGAGAAGCUCGCAUUGGUGGCCCGGCAGGUCCAGAGCGCCGUCUCCCUGCGCCGGGAAGCCUCGGGGCGGCCCCCGGCGCAGACGCCGCCGGGCGAAGAAGCCCUGGCCCUGCAGGAGGCCGACGGCGGGGUGCUGAGACUGCGCGACGGGGACCCCUACUGGCGGGAGGUCAGCGCGCUCUGGCUGGCCGUCAACUCGUUGGCCUUCGUCAUGGUGUGCGAGCCCCACGAGAACCCGCCGCUGGCCGAGGGAACGCUCCGGAACCUGGCCGGGCACUGCCUGGAGCACCUGCACAUGCUGGGGCAGGGCAGCGAGGUGUUGCUGAAGAGCAGCCGCGUGGACGUUUUGCUGAGUCGUCUUCUUCCUCAUGGCCAGCUCCUCUUCCUCAACCACCGCUUCGCUCAGAGUCUGGAGAAGGACGUUGCCGCCUGCAUGAACAAGUGAUCUCCAAAUGUUGGACUGUCACAAUAGCUAGCCGUUAGCCACGGGGGCUAAACGCGCUCCAUGCGGAUUGGCCGAGCAGGAGAAGAGACUUUUUGCCGGGGCGCUAAAGGCUCAAAAGACGAUCUGUUCGUGGUCACGAUUGUUAGAAUCAUCUCGUCUUUGUGUUUAAUGUGGCAACAAGCCCACAUUUUCUCAGCUAAGUGCAUUGCGAUUCAUUUAAAAAAAUAUAUAUAAUUGAGUAAAAUUAUAAAAAAAAAAAAAAAAAAAAAAGGUUUCACUCCACAUUUCACAAAAUAUUAACUGUUGUGGUCGAGCAGCGAGGGAAUUGCACUGCAGUCCAUUUUUCUCACUUUUAGUAAGUAAAAGAAAUUGGACACGUUUAUGAGUAUUAGAUUUUUCAUUAUAAUUUAUAUCAACAGGAACUCAUUAAAUUAACAUCUCAUGAAUCAUUAAAUACUCUGGAGACAGAUUUACUUACGACAAAUCAGGUUUUUCCUCGCUUUUGGUCAGUAAGCCAAAGUCAGGCUGGUGUUGCCUUCAGGGACAGUCUGAAAUCGUUUGCUCCCGCCCAUACAAACACACACACACAAACACAGAAAACAACUGUGAGGUUGUUCGGGUCUUCUUAACUACAUGCACCCAUCCCUCCCGGCUGAUGUUGUCUUCAGGAAACUCAGAAAUCUCAGCGUCCUCACAAAACCAGUGCAUGAAAAUGAACCAUUUGGAUCAAUACAGGGUUUGGCCACUGGAGGGCAGUAUGUCACCAUCCAUUCAGUUUGAGAUCUGGCAACUACAGCAAAAAUAAAACUAAAAUAAAAUCUAUUACAAAAAAAAAAGGCU